AUGGCAGCAGCCGCAGCGAACAGGGCGGGGCCCCCGCGCGCACGGCCCCGGCUGGGACAGUUCGGAGUGACGGACACCCCGGCUCCUUCCUCCCCAACAGCAGCCAGGCAAAGACUAGUUGUGCGCCUGCGCACGGAUGUGACACACACUCUCCGCCGCUUUUCUGUGCUUUCUGCGCACGCGGCACCUUGUCGCGCACGCGCCUUAGGCUCGGGGAAGCUGGCAGGCCCCAGGAAAGGCCUGACCCUGACCAUGGCGGCAGAGGCUGGGGCCCUGCCCGCCGAGGAGCGCGUGGGGCAGGUGGUGCUGCCGGGGGACGUGCUGCUGCUGCCCUCGCACCCCGAGGCGGAUGGGGAGCGGCUGUGGCUGGGCCCGGGCGCCGCUCUGCCGGGCCGCUUGGUGUGCGGGCCGGGCCUGAGGAGCUGCGGGGCCGGGCUGCUGGUCACCAAGUGCGGGCUGCUGCGCCACCGCCAGCCGGGCGGGGCCGGAGGCGGCUCGGGCGGGGCCUACUGGGUGGACUCCCAGCAGAAGCGGUAUGUCCCAGUCAAGGGAGAUCAUGUGAUAGGCAUAGUGACUAUCAAGGCAGGUGACAUAUUCAAAGUGGAUGUUGGUGGAAGUGAGCAAGCUUCUUUGUCCUACUUGGCAUUUGAAGGUGCAACCAAAAGAAACAGACCAAAUGUGCAGGUGGGAGAUCUUAUUUAUGGUCAAUUCGUUGUAGCCAAUAAAGACAUGGAACCAGAGAUGGUCUGUAUAGACAGCAGUGGAAGAGCGAAUGGAAUGGGAGUAAUUGGACACGAAGGCCUGUUGUUUAAGGUUUCUUUAGGUCUAAUAAGAAAGCUUUUAGCUCCCAAUUGUGAAAUCAUUCAGGAAUUGGGACAACUGUACCCUUUUGAGAUAGUGUUUGGAAUGAAUGGAAGAAUAUGGGUAAAGGCAAAAACAAUUCAACAGACUUUAAUUGUGGCAAAUAUCUUGGAAGCCUGUGAGCACAUGACAGCAGAACAAAGAACACAAGCAUUUGCCAAACUAUCAGAGAGAUGAUAUAAAGAAAACAUCUUGGGUUCAUUUCAGGCUUUGCAAUUAUUGUAAUAUUUUUGUAUUCAGAUGUAUAUUAAUAACUCAUUUUGAAACUUU